GGCAGCACGUUGAGGAACCCACAGCUCUAAUCAAUGUCGACCAAGCUAAGGUUGGAGGGUAAGGUAGCCAUAGUAACCGGAGGAGCCAGUGGGAUCGGAAAAGAGUCGGUGCAGUUAUUCGCGGAAAACGGAGCAUCGGUGGUCAUAGCAGACAUCCAAGACGAACUGGGUCACCAACUCGCAGCUUCGUUGGCCCCACAUAAAGUGAGCUACCAUCACUGUGAUGUGAGCGACGAGAAACAGGUGGAGCAAACUACAGCUUUCGCCGUCGACAAAUACGGCCGCCUCGACGUCAUGUUUAGCAACGCCGGCGUCGUAGGCUCCAUGGAAGACAUACUGAACCUAGACCUCAAGGCAUUUGACAAAACCAUGGCCAUCAACGUCCGCGGCGUGGCUGCCACCAUCAAGCAAGCGGCUCGAGCCAUGGUGGCUCAUAACAUCCGUGGCUCCAUCAUCUGCACGGCCAGCGUGGCUGGUUGUGUGGCCGGAUGCGCUCCCCAUGAUUACACCGCAUCGAAGCAUGCUCUGGUGGGCCUCGUCCGCUCUGCUUGCUGCGAGCUCGGAGCUUAUGGGAUCAGAGUGAACUGCGUGGCGCCAUAUGCUGUCGCCACCCCUCUCGUAUGUGAAGCGCUUGAAAAGGGGGUAGAUGAAACCGAAGCCCUUGCCGAUUCUUGCGCUAACAUGAAGGGUAUUUCAUUGAAGGCUUCCCAUGUUGCUGAGGCUGCCCUCUUUCUUGCUUCGGAUGAAUCUGUGUAUAUCAGUGGACAUAAUCUGGUCAUCGAUGGAGGCUUCACUGUCAUUAGUCGCUUCCCUUGAUUUCUUGAGAACUUUCAUGAAACGUUGGCUUUUUGCCUCUGUGAUUGAUGUGUUGAAGGUGUGGGAGAAGAGUGUGUGAGUGAAGUAUAUUUAAAUAAGGUCUUUAUCUCUCAUUAUUUCUAGAAUUUGGGGUUAGCUGUCUUCCCAAAAGAGUUAAUGUUUAUAUACAUCGACUGCCCUAUCAUGGUCGAUGCAUUAUAUUCAUCCUCCUAACCAAUUGUUGUGCUUCAA